AUGGCUGCUGUUGUUAAUGGCGUUCCUGUCGCUAUACCACCACCCGAAGGUUACAAGGUCAAUUUCGAUAACCCGCAACGGAACAGUGUUACUGAAGCAUACUGGCUUUAUGGCGUUGGGAAUUUCUUGACAGUAUUGUUCAUUGCACAGAGAGUAUAUAGGAUGGUAAGCCACAUUGACCCCCUUACUUCGUACGCCUUAGCUAAUUGGGACUUUAUCCGCGGCAUAAUGGGCACCCACGGCUGGGAGAUGCCAAUAACCAAGUUCGCCCUCUUCGCACGAGCCCUCUACCUCCUACCAAUCCUCUACAACCCCGUCCAAUGCGGCGCAAAGAUGGCUUUGCUUCUCGUCUACCGUCGGCUUGCACCACAAAAAUGGUUUCAUUUUACGAUCUGGGCUACAUCGUUUGUGGUGAUUGGUUCCUCGAUUGCGAUUACGUUUACAACAAUCUUUCCGUGCAAACCUGUAAGAGCGGGCUGGGACAUCACAAUCACCGAUAAGAAGUGCAUUGAUCGGCCAGCUGUUUAUCAGGCUACGGCUAUAAUGGGUGCGAUUACAGAUGCCAUGGUGCUUGCGGUGCCUAUACCUGUUGUCAUACCACUACAGAUUUCGAGAAGACAAAAGAUUGGGUUGAUUUGCUUCUUUGGUGUUGGUGGAGUUACUGUCUUUACAUCAGUCAUGAGACUAAUCGCAUUGAUCCGGUCCAUGGGUAACGUCGACCAAUCUUGGGGUGGGGGUCCUGUUCUUCUUUGGAUCUUUGCCGAAGCCAACCUCUCCAUCAUUUGCGCAACCCUUACAACAGUCAAACCAUUCAUCAAACACAUCUCCCCAAGAAUCCUCGGCUCAUCAUACGGAGCAUCAAAGGCCGGCAUGUCAAACCCAAGUGCACCACCAACCAUUGGGGCCAUAUCCACUGGCGGUAUGCCCAGACAUGACCACUAUGAACGAUUUGACGAUGGGCCAAUGUAUCCAUUGCAAACCGUUACCAAGGCAGAGGCAUCAAAAAGUCACGAGAACAAGAAUGGGGGAUCACGUUCGGUAACACGACCAAUGUCAGGGGAUAGUCAGGGAGAUUCGGAUUCUGAAAAAGCGAUUCUGCAGACACGGACUACGACAGUGACCUAUUCUUGAAGAAGGUUCCUAUUGGCACUUUGGGAGAAUGAGAUAUAUGACAGAGUUUGUGGCAUAGAUAAAAUAAUGUAAGGCUAGAGUGGC